GUCGCCAAGUCACCAGGACAGGUGCGCGACCUAUAUUUUUCUGAUGAGGAAAAGACACAGAAUUUGUCGAAAAUGGGCAUGCUUGGCAUCGUAGGAUUUGGCUUUACUGCCGGUGCCUUGUUGUUUAUGAUUGUGGCCUUUGCUAGCCCUUACUGGGUUGAGUCUUUUGAGGAAUUCAAAGGGACAUUUGUCAAGCUUGGUCUUUGGGAGUUUUGUUUUAAUGAUUACACCUUCUACAAGGAUUACAACGGCAAGCGAUACCUGGGAUGUUUCUAUGUGUUCUCGCCAGAGAUAAGACCGAUCUGGGAGUGGGUCUCCCCUCCUUGGUUUGUGUCUGUUCAGGUUAUGGUUUCAGCAUCUCUUUUGUUUAUCUUCCUUGUGACCGUGGCCUUGACAUUAAACACAUUCAAACUCUUCCCUAAACAUUUACAAUAUGCACUGCUUACAGGAACUGGUGCAGCCAUGUUGUUUACUGUUGUGGUCAUCUUUAUUGCCCUUGUUGUGUUUGGUGUCUACAAGGAAGACAGGCUGUGGAUUCCUCGACCAGACAUGAAUCUUCUCUCCUGGUCUUAUGGUCUAUGCUGUGUGUCUGGGUGGCUUUGCCUCUUUGCUGGCGUAUGCUUAUUGCUUGCAGGGAAAGAGAAAAAAGAUGAAGAUAGACCGAAACCUUAUAUGUGAUUGAUAAUGUAGAAGAAUUAAGAAAAUAUCUUUUCUACUUUCAAUAAAAUUUCAUGUCUUCAAUCAAGCUAGACUAUGGUGGCAUAAAAUCCAGUCGCUGUUUAAAAAAGAACAACUUAGUAUUGGUACUAUUAUGAGCUCAAAAGGACUACUACUUGCAAGAUUCUAUUAAAAGUGAACGUUGAAUUUGACAAGAAAGUAAAUAUUUAGAUCAGUGUUUUCAACUUAAUUAUUCAGAAUUUUUGGCCUAUAAACCUUGUUGACUUGAUUAAAACAAUAUAGUUAUUUAAAAAAUACAACAUGAAGGUACCCAUUGUCCACUAAAUAUGAGGUAGGGAAAAUUUAGAGUCUAUUUUAAUUUCAAAUUUAAUUAAAAUAGUUAGAAAGAUCAAAACAAUGAAAUGUUUAAAUGAAGCAAAUAAUUAAUUGAGAUUCUGCCCUAUCAGGUGGUGCAUUGUAUAGAAUCUCAUGAAACAUUCCAACCAACAAUGUGUUUUUUGUAUUCCAGAUAUUUUGUAUAUAUAUGUAGAAAAAUUAUUUGUUAUAUUUUUUUUUGUUAUAACUUGUAUAUAUUCUAUAUAUAAACAAAUAACAUAUUUUGUUUUAUCAGAGUUUUGUUCAAAAAAUUCCAUCAAUUCAAUGAUUUAUUUUUUGAAUGUUUAUAAUAUUUCAAGACCAACAUAAGCCAACAUUUCAAAAACCUGAUUUCACCAGCCUUAUCAUACAGCAUGUACAUAUGUUAGUGACAUUUUCUUUUGGAAGUAGGAAAUCUUGUAAAAAAUGUAGUGUAUUUUUUGCGUUUGUUUUUUUUAGUUAGGUCAUAAUAAAUGGAAGUGGUCAUUAGUAUUGUUACCUCUUCAUACAUUAACUUCUGGCCUCAGAAACAAGUAAAUGCAAAAAGUAAAGUUUUCAUUUCAAGAUCUAUAGGGCAGAUGAUAGAAAGGUCAUUUGUUUCUGUGGCCCACAGUUAAGGAGGGUGUCAUGUGGCCAGCACAACAACCAACUGGCUUUAUUUUUUCCCGACUAAUGUUAGGUACCUGUUAGAGUUGGUUGGACUUAAGGGUGCCCUGAAAACCCUGAAAUUCAAACUCAAUACCCAUCUGUUUUGAAGUGCUUUGCCACUCAGCCAUCAUGUCCCAUCAGAAACAAGUACACUUGUCUUAUGUGACUAUGUGUAACAAUUUAAAAUCAAAUCCUUUUUUACUUUAUCAUUGAGUCAUUCAGGGUUAAUAGUCAGGGUUUAUAAUUCGCAUAAUAUGAAAAAAAGAUAUACCAUAACAAAAGAAAAAUAUGCUUAAAAGUUUAUUAAUUAUUUUUUUAAAACAAUUUUUGACAUUAGAUUAGUCAAGGUUUAUGAAUACUAUACAUUAAUUAGAUGUGAAUUAAUGUAAUUCCACAAAAAAAAGAGUUAACACAAUAAUCAAGAAGCUUGUUGCUUCAUUUUUAAUAUAUAUUUUUUGUAUUUUAUUUUAAUGUAAAGUUGUAAAAAUAUGAAGCUAUUGAUUAUUCAAGUCAACUGCUACUGGGUAGACUAAAUAUGUCAUGGUAGUGUCACUUUGAGUUUUCAACUUCCCAUUCAUCUCUUGGACAUCCAAACAAAUAUUACUGUUGACUGUAAAGAUUGAAAUAUUUUUUUUUUCUUUUUUGUUGAUGUUAACAUUUAGUGGUUGAAAAUCUAUUCAUCAAUUUCAGUUUAAAGAAAUUUUAAUAAUGCAGUUCAGUUUGACUUAAGAAAAAAAUUGCUGAGAAAUAUGUCAUUCCUUUUUUUUUUCAAUUAGGUUAAAAAAAGUUCAAUGAAUUAAUUUUGUUUUGGUUCUUUUGUAUCAAAAUAAGGUUUUUCAUUUGUUCAUUAUAUCAUCGUUGAUUUAUAAAUUUUUUUCCUUAUAGAAUUUGCUGAAUCUGUAAAUAAUGUUGAUUCUAAAUAAAUUUUGCAAUAUUUUUAAAA